UAUACCUCACAAUCAAGAGACGAGCACAAAGAAAUCAAAUUAGUUUAUACUAGGUCGUAAAAGCGAUAUUGGAUAUUGGAGUGUUGCUGACUGACCUUCCGCGUCAUACAAACUAAUGUGGAAAGCAUUGAUUCGUAAAGCAUUGUCGUCUAUCAAACGACCGUUUAUAAAUUUUGAUGUGGAAAAUAGAGCCUUAAGACAUUUGGAAAAAAACAAGGAUGUGGCGAAGGCUGCCCCGAAGCAUCCUGGUACGGCUGUUGUAGUAGAUGAACGAUAUGAAAAAUUGUCUUCACACAAUCCUAAGUUGGAUGCGGAUAUUAAUUCCUUUGAAAUUAGGUCAGAAACAAUUGCUGAGGGCAUACUUCCUAGUGGAGUGAACUAUGUCAAAAACUCAACCCGCAAGCUUCCACAGAAAGUUACUUCUUUUGAUCCCUAUCCUACACCUCACGAAGAUUUUGGUUUUAUCGUCCCAGAAACAGUUCCCAAAGGAAAAUUAACAAUGCGUCAGGCUGUUGAACUCAUGAAGUCAUACCAGACAGGCACUGAAAGCGCUGAUAAUUUGAGCAAAACGUACAACAUUGAUAAAGAUAAGAUGGAACACAUUUUGCAACACUUUUCCCUGUUUGGUGUCGCUGAUGAACGUAUUUGGAUGCCCACUCACCUUUUGUCUCUUCCCGAACAAAAGCUGUUAUCGGAACCUGUCGCAGAUACACCUAAUGAUAACGAGCGCAUUGGAGGAAGUGCCUACAAUCAAAGGAAAGAUGCUUUAGAGGGUUUCAAAACUAAAUGAAUAGGGAAUGAUAUACCUUAAAUAAAUAGUACAUAAAUACUUUUGUGCUGACUUCCCUUCUAAUUCAAAGCCUUAAAUGCUUAUCGCUCUCACUUUUGUUUCUUCGUAGGCAUGCAUUCGCUGAAAUUUUGUCUUCGUACAUAUCGCUGUUGGGAUAUCUUUCGUUGUCAGACGGUUAUUGCUCGGUGUUAUACGUCCAAAUUAUCAUGGUUACCCGAUGACUUAGUUGAACAGUUUCACACAUUUAAGAAGCAUACUAUAUCGAAGUAUGAUAAUAUCAGUAAACUCAUGUCAUCAGAAUCAAGUCACAGUGAUAUGUAAGUUAAAUACAAUGACACUCGAAAUUUUAUCUUAAGUUGCACUAUCACAAGAAUAUGAUUGCACAGCUUCGUGUUAUUAGUGUGAGUUUGUUAGUUCCGUUCCAUAUUUACUUAGGGAUUCCAUGGAUAUAUGAAAGUCACUUUUUUAUUGC